CGUGGCUUCGGGUAUAUAAGACGCCACGCUGGCCGCUCCAAGGCAGGGCACAAAGGAGACCGGUGCCAUGAAGACUUGGGUGGUAAUACUCCUGCUGGCUACAGCUUUAGGGUCGCCCGUCCCCGAUGACGAUGACGACUGUGAAGGGUACACAGUGAGGUAUUCCACCUCUGACAGUGAUGGCGGUUCUUCUUCUUCAAGUUCUUCUUCUUCAUCUUCCAGUUCAUCUUCUUCAACUUCCUCCGCCGACGGUGGUGGAGCCUCUUCUUCCGUCGACAUUUCGAAACCUUCUCUGACUGUUGUUUCUUACACUGUUCCAAAAGCGGAAGCUGCUGCUCCAUCUGUUUCAGCUCCUGCUCCGAAGGUGGAAGUGGAUGACGGUCCAUCUGUUCAGGAAGCCACUGCUCAGUUCAUGGCUACAUGGAGGGCUGCUUCUGCUGCUGCCACAGCUGCUGCUAAAGCUGCUCCCGAUGUCAACAUUAUCAUGGGAGCAAGUCGAUUCAGACAACCAGCUGCCCCGGGAACACAUGCUGCUGCUGCUGCUUACUCUGCAUCCUACUCUGCUGGACCACGCGGACCAGUGGGUCCAACCCCAGAGGUGCAGAAAGCUACUGCUGAGUUCAUGGCUGCCUGGAACCAGGCAGCAGCGAGGGCUGCCAAGAUUGAAGCUACCCUCGUGAGAGCCACUCCAACUGGUGCCUUCACCGUACAGAUGCCUCAGCAGGUCCAGGUAACUGAAGAGGUAAGAAGAGCCACAGAAGAGUUCAUGGCUGCCUACAACAAGGCUGCCCAGCGAGCAGUCACUGUAGAAUCUGCAGCACUUGCUCUCCCAAGACCAGUCCAGCCAACAGCUGCAGUGCAGCGUGCUACAGCUUCCUUCAUGGCUUCCUUUGAGGCUGCUGCCAGGCAGGCAUCCGCCAUCAGGCAAGCCGUGACAUACUCAGCAGGAGCUCCUUCACCAGUGCAGCCUACUGAUGAGGUCAGAAGGGCAACAGAACGAUUCAUGGCAGCCUGGAAUCAGGCCGCGGCCAGAGUUAGCAGCAUUCAGCCAACCAUCUACCAGGUGGCAGGAGCCGCUCCUGGUGAAACACCCAGGAUUGUGGAUGGGGUUCCCCAGUUCACUGUAGCACAGGAGAAAGCCUCUGCUGAGUUCAUGAAGAUCUGGAGGGCUGCUGCUGCUGCUGCACAGGCUGCUCCUGACGUCAACAUCAUUAUGGGAGCUACACAAUAUGGACAACCAGCUGCUCCUGCACCAGCUGCUCCUCGUGCUCCUGUUGCUGUACCUUAUUCAGCUGCACCACUUAAGCCAGUAGGCCCUACCCCAGAGGUGCAAAGAGCUACUGCUGAGUUCAUGGCUGCCUGGAACAAGGCAGCAGCGAGGGCUGCCAAGAUUGAAGCGACCUUAGUAAAAACUACUCCGACUGGUGCCUUCACCGUACACAUGCCUCAGCAGGUCCAGGUAACUGAAGAGGUAAGAAGAGCCACAGAAGAGUUCAUGGCUGCCUACAACAAGGCUGCCCAGCGAGCAGUCACUGUAGAAUCUGCAGCACUUGCUCUCCCAAGACCAGUCCAGCCAACAGCUGCAGUGCAGCGUGCUACAGCUUCCUUCAUGGCUUCCUUUGAGGCUGCUGCCAGGCAGGCAUCCGCCAUCAGGCAAGCCGUGACAUACUCAGCAGGAGCUCCUUCACCAGUGCAGCCUACUGAUGAGGUCAGAAGGGCAACAGAACGAUUCAUGGCAGCCUGGAAUCAGGCCGCGGCCAGAGUUCGCAGCAUUCAGCCAACCAUCUACCAGGUGGCAGGAGCCGCUCCUGGUGAAGCACCCAGGAUUGUGGAUGGAGUUCCCCAGUUCACUAUUGCACAGGAAAAAGCCACCGCUGAGUUCAUGAAGAUCUGGAGGGCUGCUGCUGCUGCUGCUGAAGCUGCUCCUGAUGUCAACAUCAUUAUGGGAGCCAGUCAACUCAGACAGCCAGCUGGCCCACCAGCUCGAGCGGCUGUUCCAUAUUCUGCACCAGCACCGGCUGCUCCUCGUCCUCCUGUUGCUCCAACCUAUUCUGCUGCACCACCCAUGCCUGUGGGACCUACUCCAGAGGUGCAAAGAGCUACUGCUGAGUUCAUGGCUGCCUGGAACAAGGCAGCAGCGAGGGCUGCCAAGAUUGAAGCUACCUUAGUAAAAACUACUCCGACUGGUGCCUUCACCGUACACAUGCCACAGCAGGUCCAGGUAACUGAAGAGGUAAGAAGAGCCACAGAAGAAUUCAUGGCUGCCUACAACAAGGCUGCCCAGCGAGCAGUCACUGUAGAAUCUGCAGCACUUGCUCUCCCAAGACCAGUCCAGCCAACAGCUGCAGUGCAGCGUGCUACAGCUUCCUUCAUGGCUUCCUUUGAGGCUGCUGCCAGGCAGGCAUCCGCCAUCAGGCAAGCCGUGACAUACUCAGCAGGAGCUCCUUCACCAGUGCAGCCUACUGAUGAGGUCAGAAGGGCAACAGAACAAUUCAUGGCAGCCUGGAAUCAGGCCGCGGCCAGAGUUCGCAGCAUUCAGCCAACCAUCUACCAGGUGGCAGGAGCUGCUCCUGGUGAAGCACCCAGGAUUGUGGAUGGGGUUCCCCAGUUCACUGUAGCACAAGAAAAAGCCUCUGCUGAGUUUAUGAAGAUCUGGAGGGCUGCUGCUGCUGCUGCUGAAGCUGCUCCUGAUGUCAACAUCAUUAUGGGAGCUAGUCAACUCAGACAGCCAGCCGCUCCACGAGCUCCAUCACCUGUAGCUUAUUCUGCACCGGCACCUGCUGCUCCUCGUCCUCCUGUUGCUCCAACCUAUUCUGCUGCACCACCCAUGCCUGUGGGACCUACCCCAGAGGUGCAGAGGGCUACUGCUGAGUUCAUGGCUGCCUGGAACCAGGCAGCAGCGAGGGCUGCCAAGAUUGAAGCUACCCUCGUGAGAGCCACUCCAACUGGUGCCUUCACCGUACAGAUGCCUCAGCAGGUCCAGGUAACUGAAGAGGUAAGAAGAGCCACAGAAGAGUUCAUGGCUGCCUACAACAAGGCUGCCCAGCGAGCAGUCACUGUAGAAUCUGCAGCACUUGCUCUCCCAAGACCAGUCCAGCCAACAGCUGCAGUGCAGCGUGCUACAGCUUCCUUCAUGGCUUCCUUUGAGGCUGCUGCCAGGCAGGCAUCCGCCAUCAGGCAAGCCGUGACAUACUCAGCAGGAGCUCCUUCACCAGUGCAGCCUACUGAUGAGGUCAGAAGGGCAACAGAACGAUUCAUGGCAGCCUGGAAUCAGGCCGCGGCCAGAGUUCGCAGCAUUCAGCCAACCAUCUACCAGGUGGCAGGAGCUGCUCCUGGCGAAGCACCCAGGGUUGUGGAUGGGGUUCCCCAGUUCACUGUAGCACAGGAGAGAGCCUCUGCUGAGUUCAUGAAGAUCUGGAGGGCUGCUGCUGCUGCUGCACAGGCUGCUCCUGACGUCAACAUCAUUAUGGGAGCUACACAAUAUGGACAACCAGCUGCUCCUGCACCAGCUGCUCCUCGUGCUCCUGUUGCUGUACCUUAUUCAGCUGCACCACUUAAGCCAGUAGGCCCUACCCCAGAGGUGCAAAGAGCUACUGCUGAGUUCAUGGCUGCCUGGAACAAGGCAGCAGCGAGGGCUGCCAAGAUUGAAGCGACCUUAGUAAAAACUACUCCGACUGGUGCCUUCACCGUACACAUGCCUCAGCAGGUCCAGGUAACUGAAGAGGUAAGAAGAGCCACAGAAGAGUUCAUGGCUGCCUACAACAAGGCUGCCCAGCGAGCAGUCACUGUAGAAUCUGCAGCACUUGCUCUCCCAAGACCAGUCCAGCCAACAGCUGCAGUGCAGCGUGCUACAGCUUCCUUCAUGGCUUCCUUUGAGGCUGCUGCCAGGCAGGCAUCCGCCAUCAGGCAAGCCGUGACAUACUCAGCAGGAGCUCCUUCACCAGUGCAGCCUACUGAUGAGGUCAGAAGGGCAACAGAACGAUUCAUGGCAGCCUGGAAUCAGGCCGCGGCCAGAGUUCGCAGCAUUCAGCCAACCAUCUACCAGGUGGCAGGAGCCGCUCCUGGUGAAGCACCCAGGAUUGUGGAUGGAGUUCCCCAGUUCACUAUUGCACAGGAAAAAGCCACCGCUGAGUUCAUGAAGAUCUGGAGGGCUGCUGCUGCUGCUGCUGAAGCUGCUCCUGAUGUCAACAUCAUUAUGGGAGCCAGUCAACUCAGACAGCCAGCUGGCCCACCAGCUCCAGCGGCUGUUCCAUAUUCUGCACCAGCACCGGCUGCUCCUCGUCCUCCUGUUGCUCCAACCUAUUCUGCUGCACCACCCAUGCCUGUGGGACCUACUCCAGAGGUGCAGAGGGCUACUGCUGAGUUCAUGGCUGCCUGGAACAAGGCAGCAGCGAGGGCUGCCAAGAUUGAAGCUACCUUAGUAAAAACUACUCCGACUGGUGCCUUCACCGUACACAUGCCACAACAGGUCCAGGUAACUGAAGAGGUAAGAAGAGCCACAGAAGAGUUCAUGGCUGCCUACAACAAGGCUGCCCAGCGAGCAGUCACUGUAGAAUCUGCAGCACUUGCUCUCCCAAGACCAGUCCAGCCAACAGCUGCAGUGCAGCGUGCUACAGCUUCCUUCAUGGCUUCCUUUGAGGCUGCUGCCAGGCAGGCAUCCGCCAUCAGGCAAGCCGUGACAUACUCAGCAGGAGCUCCUUCACCAGUGCAGCCUACUGAUGAGGUCAGAAGGGCAACAGAACAAUUCAUGGCAGCCUGGAAUCAGGCCGCGGCCAGAGUUCGCAGCAUUCAGCCAACCAUCUACCAGGUGGCAGGAGCUGCUCCUGGUGAAGCACCCAGGAUUGUGGAUGGGGUUCCCCAGUUCACUGUAGCACAAGAAAAAGCCUCUGCUGAGUUUAUGAAGAUCUGGAGGGCUGCUGCUGCUGCUGCUGAAGCUGCUCCUGAUGUCAACAUCAUUAUGGGAGCUAGUCAACUCAGACAGCCAGCCGCUCCACGAGCUCCAUCACCUGUAGCUUAUUCUGCACCGGCACCUGCUGCUCCUCGUCCUCCUGUUGCUCCAACCUAUUCUGCUGCACCACCCAUGCCUGUGGGACCUACCCCAGAGGUGCAGAGGGCUACUGCUGAGUUCAUGGCUGCCUGGAACCAGGCAGCAGCGAGGGCUGCCAAGAUUGAAGCUACCCUCGUGAGAGCCACUCCAACUGGUGCCUUCACCGUACAGAUGCCUCAGCAGGUCCAGGUAACUGAAGAGGUAAGAAGAGCCACAGAAGAGUUCAUGGCUGCCUACAACAAGGCUGCCCAGCGAGCAGUCACUGUAGAAUCUGCAGCACUUGCUCUCCCAAGACCAGUCCAGCCAACAGCUGCAGUGCAGCGUGCUACAGCUUCCUUCAUGGCUUCCUUUGAGGCUGCUGCCAGGCAGGCAUCCGCCAUCAGGCAAGCCGUGACAUACUCAGCAGGAGCUCCUUCACCAGUGCAGCCUACUGAUGAGGUCAGAAGGGCAACAGAACAAUUCAUGGCAGCCUGGAAUCAGGCCGCGGCCAGAGUUCGCAGCAUUCAGCCAACCAUCUACCAGGUGGCAGGAGCCGCUCCUGGCGAAGCACCCAGGGUUGUGGAUGGGGUUCCCCAGUUCACUGUAGCACAGGAGAGAGCCUCUGCUGAGUUCAUGAAGAUCUGGAGGGCUGCUGCUGCUGCUGCACAGGCUGCUCCUGAUGUCAACAUCAUUAUGGGAGCCAGUCAACUCAGGCAGCCAGCUGCCCCAGCACCAUUGGCUCCACAUGCUCCUGUUGCUGUGGCAUACUCAGGCACACCACCUGUAUAUGUGAGCGACUGCCCAUAGAGUGUAUCAUCAAAAAUAACGACAGAUCAUGUGUUUUGAAUGGAAGAUAUAUGUUUUUUUAAAUAUCUAAAAAUAUAUGUUAAUGGAAGUGUAAAUAAAGGGAAGCAAAUCCGGAA